AUGAAAGCCCAAAAGGUUGGAUCAUCUUGCUCUAGAGAUGCAAUCAAUAAUAUCAACUCUCUUCCAGAUGAAAUACUUGCGCAGAUCUUGUCUUUUCUUCCAACAAAACGAGCGGUUUCUACAUGUAUCCUCUCCAAAAGGUGGAGGAAUCUGUUUCCAUUGAUGAAUCAUCUCUUUGCUUCCCAAAAUGAUUUAUACUUUGACGACUCGGAUUUACUGCAUCCCGAGAAUCAUUACUUAGACGACUCGGACGAUGUGCACCGUGGAUUCGGGGAUUUCGUGGAUAAAGCACUUUCCGGUCGCAUGUCCAUAAAGAAGCUCACGCUAAAAUGUCUUUCCGGUAGUAUCUCUGUCGCGCUUAUCAACAAAUGGACACGCAUUGCCUUGGACCGAGGUCUCGUGGAUCUUGAUCUGCGUAUAAGAACAACGGGAUCGUAUGAAGAGGUAGCUCUUUUGUCUUCUAAUGCUGUCUUCACAAACAACACGCUGGUUAAGCUAACAUUAGGAAUAGAGGUUAAUCAUCUGGAGAUGAGUUUACCAAAAGUGUUCCUUCCAGUGCUAAAGAGUCUCUUCCUCCAUGGAAUUCUGCUUAGAUGCCAUGACUUGUGCCUUAACAUGCUUCCUGGUUGUCCAACACUUGAGGAACUAUCCUUAGAAUAUUACCCAAGCAAGCUCCGGAUUGAUGAACUAGAAAUGACAGAGUUAAGUAUAUCCCACAAUACCCUCAAGAGACUCACAUUUCACUACAAUAGCUGUUGUGCCCUCUCUCCAGUCACGCAAUUCAACACACCGAGUCUUGUUUACCUCGACUUCUCUGGUUUUGCCUUGCAUUAUAAGUCAGUUUCCUAUUUCUUGGAUUCCCUUGUCGAAGCCAAGCUAGAUGUUGAUAUGCCACGGGAAUGCAUUCAUCUCUGUCGUCCAUCUAUGAUCAUUAAUUGGAUGAGCAACGUCAAGAACCUUUCCCUGUCUUCUACUUCUGUUAAGCUUAUCUACUCAAGCGGUACGGAAUUUCCUUACCUUGUAAACCUUGUUAAGCUUUCUUUAGAGAGUAAUACAUCACAUGGUUGGCAAGUGCUUCCGAGUCUGCUCAACAAAUCUCCAAAACUUGAAACUUUGGUCCUCAAGGGCUUGCACUGUGUAAGAAAUGAGGGAGUCCACAUUGAUCCAAGCCAAGUGAAAAUGUUGGAGAUGUAUGGUUUUAGAGGAAAUGGUGGAGAAUUUAGUCAAUCCAAGUGCUUUUUACGUCAAAUGCAGUCUCUUCAAGUGAUGAAAGUGGAAAUUGAUGCUGAUGAUAACAAAAGACUGCAACUCAUCAGUGAUCUUCUUGCUCUUCCUGACCAUUCAUCUAAAUGCCGAAUCCAGUUCUUUUGA